GGAAACCUUUCCUGUUCGAACUCAGAGCUGCUGAGUCCCACUUGAAGCAACUCAGUCCACUCUUGACGUCUGUCAGUAAAAAUGAGCGACAAAGGCCUGUCAGACGAAGACGCCGCGGCAGCUUGUAAAGAUGGAGAUUCUAUAACCAAGGAUUUCAAGAUGCAACAGACAAUGCUGCGGAUCAAAGAUCCGUUAAAAUCCCUGGAUUUCUACACCAGAAUCCUCGGCAUGACGCUCCUGCAAAAAUUCGACUUCCCCCCUUUACAUUUCUCUCUCUUCUUCUUGGGCUAUGAGGACAAAAAUGAUAUUCCUACAGAUGUGAAGGAGAGGACGGGCUGGACCUUCUCUAGGAGAGCCACUAUUGAGCUGACACAUAACUGGGGCACCGAGUCUGAUGAGAGUCAGUCUUAUCACAAUGGAAACUCUGAUCCUCGAGGCUUUGGACACAUAGGAAUUGCUGUCCCUGACGUCACCGCCGCCUGUAAACUGUUUGAAGAGCAAGGAGUCACGUUUGUCAAGAAGCCAGAUGAUGGUAAGAUGAAAGGUUUGGCUUUUAUUCAAGACCCUGAUGGCUACUGGAUCGAGAUCCUGAGUCCGAACAAUAUGGUGUCCAUUACCUCGUAAAGAAAUGACAGCGUGCUACCUGCUGCAUUGUGAACAGUCCAGACCUGCUUUGGCUUCAUUAGGAGAGGAGAGCAGAGCAGAGCGUUGAAUUUAGUAUCCUGUGCUUGAGAGUUUAGGGGGAAAUGAAGCAGCACAGGUUGCACAAUGGCAAUCAGUGUGCCUUUGCACGGGCUGGACUAAUAUUGCAAGUUCGUAAGCAAAUAAUUUAGUUAUUUUUAUAAAUUACAAUUACGUAGUGUAGCUGUUUAUCUGCCAUCAGUUUGCAUGUAUUCAGAAGAAAAGUGGUGUUACUGUGCAAUAAAUGGUAAAGUCACCGAUCA